CCAUUUUUUUAUUACAUGGAUUUACGGGUUUCCGGAUCCUAAUCCGGGUUCCAUCUAUAUCCCAAUUACCGCCAUAGCUCAAUCUGAACAACAAGCUUUCUUACAACCUCCGUGUUUUACACCUCUCCAAUUUGUCCCCAAUUCCACUAUUGCUCUCUCAAUUCCAUUUCAAUCCCAUUCAUCAAUGCUUCAAUUCCAGGAAUAAGUGUUUUUAUCUUAAUGUGUGGAAUGUGCUUUUGUUUGCUUUGAAAAAGGGAAGGUAGUAGGAUUUGAGAUAAUGAUUGUAAAGGAGCAUCCGGUUGGUACUGAACUGGUAAUGAGUAAUACAAUUGGGGAGGAUGAAAUAGAUUUUUCUUGUGAUCCAUACAUAGGGUUAGAGUUUUUUAAUGCUGAUGAUGCACUUAAGUUCUAUAUAUCGUAUGGUAAUCGAAUGGGAUUUAAAGUUCGGAUUGGUCAACUUUAUCGAUCGAGAACUAAUGGGUCGGUUUCUUCUAGAAGAUUUGUGUGUUCGAAGGAAGGACAUCAGCUCAGCUCAAGAACUGGUUGUCCGGCGUUCAUAAGGGUGCAGUUAAAUGAUUCUGGAAAGUGGGUUGUUGAUCAUUUUCAUAAGGAUCAUAACCACAAUCUUGAAAAUGAAAGUGAAAGUUUCGCUCCAACAUUGCAGCCGAAGGCUUCUGCAGCUAUUGAGUCUUCUACUGAAGUCACUCGCAAGCCGAGGAAGAAAAUGCUUGAAGUAGGGAAUGGUGAACCUAUUUCUCCCUUUGGCGUUAUUAAUUUCAAGCGUAUGAGAAAAGAAGAACUUGAAGUACAAGCCAGGAUCGAACCAUAUGUUGGUCAAGAGUUCAGUACCCCUAAUGAAGCCUACCAAUUUUAUCAUGCUCAUGCAGCAUAUAUGGGUUUUGGAAUUCGAGUCGGUCAAUUGUUUCGUUCUAAAAAUGACGGAUCAAUUACAUCACGACGCUUUGUGUGCUCAAAAGAAGGGUUCCAGCACCCUUCCAGAGUUGGCUGUAAGGCUUAUUUGAGGAUUAAGAAUCAACCAUCAGGAAAGUGGGUAGUCGACCGUCUUGAAAACGAUCAUAAUCAUGAUCUGGGCCUUGAAAAGGAACGUAAGACAAAAAGUCUUCCUGCUUCCAACAUUUUGACCGAGGAGGUAAACACUGAAUUGGUGAAUGGCGACAUAUUUAGGAUAGAUAACUACCCUGUCCUAAGAGGGGCUAGACAAAAUCACAUUAGAAGUGAUUGGUACAACAUGCUUUUAGAGUAUUUUCAGUCAAGGCAAGCAGAAGAUACAGGAUUCUUUUAUGCCAUGGAAGUUGAUAAUGGUAAUUGCAUGAGCAUAUUUUGGGCUGACGGAAGAUCUAGAUACUCAUGUAGUCAGUUUGGCGAUGUCCUCGUUGUAGAUACAUCAUAUAGAAAGAGUGUUUAUAUGGUACCAUUUGCUACUUUUGUUGGAGUUAACCACCACAAGCAGCCCGUGCUUCUUGGAUGUGCUCUAAUUGCUGAUGAAUCUGAAGAGUCUUUCACUUGGUUGUUUCAGACAUGGGUAAGAGCAAUGUCUGGCCGGCAGCCUCUGUCAGUAAUAGCUGAUCAAGAUGUUUCAAUCCAGAGGGCCAUAGCAAAAGUCUUUCCAGUAACCAAUCAUCGCUUUUCGUUGUGGCAAAUUAAUGCAAAGGAACAAGAGCUCGCCGGUCUGAUGGGUAAUGGGUUCACUAAAGAUUAUGAAAAGUGCGUUUACCAGAGCCAGACAGUCGAUGAAUUUGACGCCUCGUGGAAUGCUUUACUCGUCAAAUAUGGAUUGAAGGACAAUGCUUGGCUAAAAGAAAUGUAUGAGAAGCGUGCAUCCUGGGUUCCGUUCUAUUUAAAGGGCACAUUUUCUGCUGGAAUUCCUAUGAAAGAAAGCAUGGAAUCAUUCUUUGGUGGAAGUUUAAAUGGCCAAACACCUCUCAUAGAGUUCAUUCCGCGUUAUGAAAGAGGUCUCGAGCGACGUCGUGAAGAAGAAAGGAAAGAGGAUUUUAAUACUUCCAAUUUUCAAACUUUUUUGCAAACGAAAGAGCCAGUAGAAGAACAGUGUAGAAGGCUUUACACUCUUGCAGUAUUCAAAGUAUUUCAGAAAGAGCUUUUGCAGUGCUUUAGUUAUCUUGGGUUUGCAAUCUACGAACGAGGGUCCCUCAGCAGAUAUUUGGUGCGUAAGUGUGGAAAUGAUGAUAUGGUGAAGCAUGUAGUUACAUUCAAUGCAUCCAAUCUUGACAUUAGUUGUAGCUGUCAGAUGUUUGAAUAUGAAGGCGUUCUUUGUAGACACGUGUUGAGGGUUUUUCAAAUAUUGGAAGUAAGAGAAGUUCCUUCUCGCUACAUCUUACACCGAUGGACGAGAAAUGCCGAGGAUGGUGUUUUUCCCGACAUAGGAUCAUGGAGUAGCUCUCAGGAGCUAAAAAGUUUGAUGCUAUGGAGUCUAAGAGAAACAGCAUCUAAAUACAUAGAUGCUGGUGCAUCAUCAAUUGAAAAGUAUAAACUUGCGUAUGAGAUUUUACGAGAGGGCGGGAGAAAACUUUGUCGGCACAGGUGAAUGUCUUCAAGUUCUACGAAGUUGUACAUUAUUGCAAGUUUAAUUUUUAGCUUCAGUUGUUAAUUUAUGGUGGCAUUUUUGCUCUUGUAAUCUGAUACCAUCUUUUAUCCACCUUUGUAGUUCCACACUUUCGUUUUAAGUUUCAGAUUAUCCUCUACAGCUGCUGCACCAUACAGAAGCUGUAGGAUAUCCAAUUUUGUUCAGAUUGCUUGUAUUGACCACUCCAUCAUUGCCAUCAUAGUUAACAUCUUAGGUGUGACAUUGGUUUCACUUUGAUUAUGUUGCACAUGUCAAUUCUGUUGCUUGUGUUUAUCAUCAUUUUAGAAAAGCAGAAUGGUUUUCCUCCCAA